AUGUUGGCCGGACAGGCACCCAAGCGCCUAGGUGAUAAAAAUAUCUAUAGCGCGGGAGAGCUGGAAGAUCUGAGAACCCUGAACCGGCUGGGAGAAGUUGUGCACCCAACGACACGCGAUGCAAAUGCGGCGAGCACGCAUCAGGAACUGAGACGCACGAUCCAGACGACCCCGUCCGGGAGGAUCUUGAAAGAGCUCGAAGUUCAACGACUCCGUCCGGAUCGAGUCCGUACUGCGCAAGAGGAAAAUACUUGGAUCGCCAAUCUAAAUAAGUUCUUAGACGGGGACAUUAGCGAGCUGUCCAAACGCGAAGCGAAGAACAGCGCCAAGUUAGCGGAACAGUACAGAGUGGGGGGAGUGGUAUACUGUAUACCACGUACGUGGGAGCGAGACCGAGAACAUCGGGAUACGAUCAUGAAACUGGUCGUUCCAAAGACCCUCAGAGGAGACGUGUAG